AUGUCCGAAAGUGUACCCAGCCAUUCAGGGCAGAAUCUCCUUCUCAACCAACCACUGUUGAGUAAUCCAGAUUCAACAGCACCGUACUAUGGUACCACGAGCCAAGUCGACCAGCAUGAAUUAAUACAGCGUAGGAGAAAGUCAUCUAUGGCAUCCUCCAGAUUCAAGGAUCUCAAUCUUGCGUCAACAUCACAAAUCAAUGGGGAAUAUCAACCGGUAGAAACCACUGUUUUCAAGGAAGUGGUGCUGAUGUUGCGCUCUUCUGUGCCCUUGAUCAUUACGCUUUUGUUACAAUACUCGUCAUCCAUUUCAACACCCUUCUUUGUCGGGAACUUGGGCUCAGACGAGCUAGGUGCCGUUUCUUUAGCUAAUCUAAUGGCAAAUAUAUCAGCAUUCGCUGUUAUUGAAGGUAUUUCUUCGUCACUAUCGACAUUAUGUCCUCAAGCGUAUGGGCGUAAAAACUACAGGCUUGUUGGCCUUUACGCCGUCAGGUGCUGUCUUUUACUAUUCGUUUUCUACUUUGGAAUUUAUUUUUUUUGGAAUUAUGGUGCAUAUUACUUGUUAGACCGAUUCAUAUCUGAGAAGAGAGCAUGUCUGCUAGCAGGACAAUACCUAUCACGGCUUGUCUACAGUGUCCCUGGGUUUAUUAUCUUUGAGGUUUUGAAACAGUACCUACAGGCACAGGGAAUUUUCCAUGCAUCAACAAUUGUUCUAUGUAUAUGUGCCCCAUUGAAUUUUGUCUUGACUUACUUGCUUGUCUGGAACCCGACAAUAGGCUUUGGUUUCUUGGGUGCACCUACUGCAAUUGUCAUCACCCAUUCUUUGAUGGCGUUGCUUCUCUUCAUGUACACCUGCUUUAUAGAUGGCUAUAAGUGCUGGUGUGGCUUCACCUAUGAGUUCUUUACGAAUUGGUCACGAAUCACCAAAUUGGCCCUUCCAGGUAUAAUCAUGAUUGAGGCUGAGUGGUUGGCCUUUGAAAUCAACACCUUUGCCAGUGCAAAGUUUGGGACCCCAGCUUUGGCUGCUCAGUCGAUUGUCACCUCAAUUGGUGUAAUCAUAUACCAAAUCCCAUUUGCUGUUUCUAUUGCUGGAUCAACCAGAAUUGCUUGGUUCAUUGGUUCAGCAUCUAAGGACGCGGCGAUAAAAUCAACCAGGGCCAUAAUUUACGUUGCGGUGGUGUUUGGAACUCUCACUUGUAUUAUCCUGAUAUUAUUGAAGGAUUCAAUUACACAUUUAUUUUCAAAAGACCUCGAUGUGGUUCAUUUGGCAUCUAAAGUUUUAAUUAUAGUCUCGAUUUACCAGAUCCCUGAUUGUCUGUCAUGUACGCUUGGGGGAGUUUUGAGAGGACAGGGUAGGCAAUACAUCGGUGGAUAUCUCAAUUUAUUCAGCUACUAUGUCUUGGCUAUACCAUUUUCUUUCUACUGCGCUUUCUCCCUACACUAUGAAUUAUUUGGUUUAUGGUUGGGAUUGCUUGUUGGUUUGUUUUUUGUGGCAUCUUCCGAAUUGUACUAUAUCUUAACUACCGAUUGGGAUACUAUUAUAGAGCAAUCACUGGAGGAAGAGCUAGAAGCAAGGAAGCAGGUUGUUUUGACAGAUGAAGAUGUUGCAAUUUAUGAUGAAGAAACACAGUCCCACAACUUCCCCAAUGCAGUCGCAAUUGUUGACCACAAUAUUUUAUCCCCAGCCAUAAAUACAUCUGCAUCGAUCAAAAAUCCCAUUAAUCUACACGUAUAA